AUGAAGAUCAACAUCGCGAACCCGACCACGGGUAUGCAGAAGAAGAUCGAGAUCGAUGAUGACAAGAAGUUGUACCCUUUGUUUGACAAGCGCAUGGCACAGGAGGUGUCAGGCGACUCUCUUGGUGAUGAGUUCAAGGGCUACAUCUUCCGCAUUGGUGGUGGCAACGACAAGCAGGGCUUCCCAAUGAAGCAGGGUGUGCUCGUCAACCAUCGAGUUCGCCUCCUGUUCAAGAAGGGCAUGAGCUGCUACCGUGAGCGCCGCAAGGGCUGCCGCAAGCGCAAGUCUGUGCGAGGCUGCAUCGUUGGCCCUGACCUUGCUGUGCUCCACUUGGUGGUCGUGAAGAAGGGUGAGCAAGACAUCCCCGGCCUCACUGACGACAACAAGCCCAGACGAUUGGGACCAAAGAGGGCCUCCAAGAUUCGGAAGCUUUUCGGCUUGGAGAAGAAGGACGACGUGCGCCAGUUUGUGGUGCGAAGAGAGGUGAAGGAGGGCAAGAAGAGCAAGGCCCCGAAGAUCCAGCGCUUGAUCACUCCUCAGCUCCUGCAGCGAAAGCGCUACUUCAAGGCCCUCACCCGCAAGCGCAUGGAAGCUGGCAAGGAGGCCAAGGCAGCCUACCAGAAGCGCCUCUCUGAGUACCACCAUGAGCAGAAGGAGAAGCGGGCAGCAGAGCUGCAGAAGAAGAAGGCCAAGAAGGGCUCCAUGGAGUGA